CCCCCCGCCGCCGGAAGUGACGCAGGCAGAACUCCGCUGGAAAGAAAACAAUCGCUGCGGUUGGCACGCGGAAGAGUUCACUGCGUCCUGCCCGGCCGCCCGUCACCUCCUCCACCUCCUCCUACCGGGGAGACACCGCGGGGCCCCCGACCGGUACCGACCCCGCCACCACCGCCGCCUCCUCCAGUGCCGCCUGAGUCCGGCUGGGUAACGGUGAGUACUCGGGUUACUGUGGUGAGCGGCUCUCACAGCGCGGAGACAGGCCGUGCUUACCGGUGUACCGCGCUCCCGGUGACAACGCUGCCCGGCGGCCGUGAAGGUCAUCGCAGGCCUCGCUGGCGUCUUUUAAAGAGUUUGUGGGCGGGGCUAACGCUGCGUCACGCGGGGUCCGCGGCUGGCACAGGGUUAAUGAGGGGCGGGGCUAGGCGCGUGUCACCGCCUGUCAAGUGGAGUGGGCGGGGCUACACACAGCUUACCUGCUGCCAGGGGGAAUGGGCGGGGCUACACACAGCUUACCUGCUGCCAGGGGGAAUGGGCGGGGCUACACACAGCUUACCUGCUGCCAGGGGGAAUGGGCGGGGCUACACUGCUGCCAGGGGGAAUGGGCGGGGCUACACACAGCUUUCCUGCUGCCAGGGGAAUGGGCGGGGCUACACACUGCUUACCUGCUGCCAGGUGGAAUGGGCGGUGCUACACACUGCUUACCUGCUGCCAGGGGGAAUGGGCGGGGUUACACACUGCUUACCUGCUGCCAGGGGGAAUGGGUGGGGUUACACACUGCUUACCUGCUGCCAGGGUGAAUGGGCGGGGCUACACACAGCUUUCCUGCCACCAGGGAGAAUGGGCGGGGCUACACACAGCUUACCUGCUGCCAGGAGAAUGGGCGGGGCUGCACAGCUUACCUGCUGCCAGCUUACCUGCUGCCAGGGGCCAGGGGGAAUGGGCGGGGUUACACACUGCUUACCUGCUGCCAGGGAGAAUGGGCGGGGCUACAAACAGCUUACCUGCUGCCAGGGAGAAUGGGCAGGGUUACACAGCUUUCCUGCUGCCAGGUGGAAUGGGCGGGGCUACACACAGCUUACCUGCUGCCAUGGGGAAUGGGCGGGGCUACACACAUCUUACCUGCUGCCAGGUGGAAUGGGCAGGGCUACACACAGCUUACCUGCUACCAGGGGCAAUGGGCGGGGUUACACACUGCUUACCUGCUGCCAGUGGGAAUGGGCGGAGCUACACACAGCUUACCUGCUGCCAGGGGGAAUGGGCGGGGCUACACACAGCUUACCUGCUGCCAGGUGGAAUGGACGGGGUUUGUUAUUCUAAUAGCUGUUGUUAUUGAAGUGUCAGAUUGUCUUGUUUCAGUAACCUUCACUAGCAGCUGAUUUUAAAGGCUUUUAAUUCAGCAAUUCUACUAAACGUUAAUUAUGGGAUGGUACAGACAAAAUUAUCAUUGCUGUUUUAGUAAUGCAAGUAUAUAAUUUAAAUACCCCUCAUAUUGAAGUGGUUUUGGUGUGUGUAUAUAUUGUGUCUGCAGCCCAACAUCUCAGUUCUAUUAUAAGAGACACUAUAGUUACCAGAAUAACUUUAGUUUACUAACGUACAUUUUGGUGUAUAGAUCAUGCCCCUGCAGUCUCACUUUUCAUUUAUCUGCCAUUUAGGAAUUAAACCACUUUGUUUAUGUAACCCUAGUCCCUGCAUGUGACUUACACAGCCUUCUUACACACUUCCUGAAUAUAAACCUAUCUAGGUUCCUUUAUUGCACAGUCUGUUUAAUAUUUCUUAUCUCCUGCUGCUCUGUAAUAACCUCCAUGACCCUGCAGGGGCCUCCUAUGUGUGAUUUACAGUUCAAUAUAUAGAGCAGGAGUUAAAGUCUAAAGCAUUUUAACAUCUGAUUGAAAAUGAAACAAUUUUUUUUUCAUGCAGACCGUGUGAGUCACAGGCAGGGGAAGUGUGGCUAGGGCUGCAUAAUCAGAAACAAAAGUGAUUUGAAACAACACUGUCAACCUCCGACAUACAUUUUGACUGUGUUGGAAGUUCACUGAAAUUCCAACCCGAUCAAAACAUAUACAGAGACAAAGUAAGGAUUAUUUUUCCUCUGCCUGCAGGGAAUUGGCUGUGUCUAUGGAGGGUUCUGUGGUCUCGCUUAAUCCUCCAUAGAUCUCAAUGCUAUACUCUCGUUUAUGCGCCAGGAGCUGAAAGAGAGCAAACUGAAGAAGAUGGCGGCACCCGUGAGGGAUAGGUUCGGAUAUGUAAAUCUCCCCUUACUUGCCCGGCCACCGGACGUUGAGAGUGCCGCUUUAACUCCUAAAUGGCUGAGUAUUGAGCAGGGAGACUGUUGGGACAUGAUCUAUACCAGGGGUUGGCAACCUUCGGCACACUCCAGAUGUUUUGGACUUCAUCAAAAAAGGUCUUAGUCAUAAUGCUAGCAAAUCGCCAGGUGAGAUGUAGUCAAUACAUUUCAACAAUUCUAAUGCUAAACCUCCCCUUCCCCAAGCAAAGUUUAAUGGACUGGGGGUGACACUUCUCUUAAGAGCAUGCAUGCUAACACUGAGCUUUCAUUUUGCUUUAGUGAUGGGUAGCUAAUUGAAUGUAUCUUUUUUUUUUUUCUCUGUGUACUGUCAUGGCAUCUUUGUAUUUUAGUCAACAACCCCUACAGUGACUUGCUCUCUUGUGUAGUGAUUCCUAUGGAGGGACACUGGAGAGAGAUAUACUUACUUGGACCUUUCUCUCUUCAUCAUCCAGUCUAGGUUUUUAAUUAUCACCAGGUAGAUGAAGACAUUAACAGCUGUUUCACUGGUGUACAUGCAUGAGAGAACAAAAUGGGGGUUAUUGAAGUUCUUUCUUCAUAGAUGUUCUCUCUUACAUGGGAUGAGAUGCUUUUGGAAUCUUUUGCGCAUUAAAGGACCACUUUAGUGCCAGGAAAACAAACUCAUUUUCCUGGCACUAUAGUAUUAAUAGGUCCCCCCACCCACAUGGCCCCCCUCCUGCCAGGCUGAAGGGAGAGGAAGGGGUUAAAUCACUUACCUUUCUCCAGCGCUGGGGACUCUCCUCCUCCAUUGGACAUCAUCGGUUGAAUUCUCAAUGCUUUCCUAUGGACACUGGUGUGUUCUCACUGUGAAAAUCACAGUGAGAAGCGUGGAAGCACCUCUAGCGGCUGUCAGUGAGACAGCCACUAGAGGCUGGAUUAACCUUAUUGUAAACAUAGCAGUUUCUCUGAAACUACUAUGUUUACAACAGGCAGGGUUAACACUAGAUGGACCUGGCACCCAGACCACUUCAUUAAGCUGAAGUGGUUUAGGUGCCUAUAGUGGUCCUUUAACAUGAAACAUAAUGUGAUACAAAAUAUUCAUUGGAUGCAGGUUGGUUAACAGUGGAGGAAUCCUGUCACAGAGAAAACAGCUGUUUUCUAGCCCUAUCAGUAAUGUGAGUUUUAUCAGCAUUCAACUACACAUGGUUGCAGUGAUAAGCACUUCAGUGUACAGUGUGGCACACUCUUACAGUCAGCUCAUUGGGCUGGAUAAAACGACAGCUGCUUAGCAGGAGAUUACACAUUUGGGGAAACUAGAUAGCAAACGAAUCAAUGUGCAUGUAAUGUCAAGUGCUAGUCAGCCAAUAUUAAAUAUGUGCAACAUUAUCUUGGAAAUACAGAUGUUGAUCUUACUGUAUAUCCUGCUUACUGUUGGGGGUUUUUCUUUCUGUUUUUGUUUCCUUAUGUCCCUUAUGAUGUGUCCCUCGUUACUUACCUUGUUUAUAUUUAGUAACUAUUAUUCCCUGUGCUGGAUCUGAAUAUCCAGGAGUUGCCAUUUUGUUCUCUCCUGUCCAUUAUGUCUGCAAUUUUCCAUUCAGUCCGAUUCGUUUGACUGAUGGAUUGUGGGUAAAUUGCUUAGCAAAUGAAGUGAAAGUUUGCUUAAACACUGCCCAUUGCCAAAGUUCACAUUUCCCUUAAAGGGAAACUAUAUAGUUCUGGCACUAUAGCUCCCUAUAGUGCCCCCGCCUCACUCCGCUUCCGCUCAUCCCCGCCGUCGUCAGCUGGCGGGCGGGACGUAAGGCGCAUACAUGGCGAUCCCCGUGAUCACACUAGGAUUUCCCCCAUAGGAAAGCAUUAUAUAAUACUUUCCUAUAGGGUUUUGGGUGACACUGGAUGUUCUCAUGCAUAGCGUGAGGACGUCCAGUGUCAGACAACCAAAAGUCACGUAAAGUCUUGUAGACAGCCACUAGAGGUGGAAUUAAACCUAGCAGGUAAUUAUUGCAGUUUAUUAAAAACUGCAAUAAUUACAACUGCAGGGUUAAGGGACCUGGGACACCGCAACCAGACCACUUCAAUGAGCUGAAAAGGUCUGGGUACCUAUAGUAUUUAAGAAAAGGUAGACCCUAAAUUUUGUAACGUAAAACUAAGGUGAGCUAACAAGAAAAAAACUAUUAGAAAUAUAUGGCCAAAAAAGGAUUUAUGUAAAAAUAAAACCCUCUGGAGCGGUGGGGGUUAUCUUUCUCCCCACAUUUCAAGUACCUGUACUGGCACAAGUCAAAACCGCAGUGGACCACCUCAAGAUGGUGGACACGCAGUUCCUUUAUGUGCAUGAGCCUCUGAUCACCCAAAAGACUGCAGAUGAUGGAAUCCUGACACAUCUGAAUGUGAUAUUUGAGUGCUUUUGGGCAAAAUUGGAGGCUCGACUUCUUACAGUACCAGCUCAACCUCAGGGAGAGAAGAGGAGAGAAGCGGUACAGGAGGUGAGGCGUUCCUCCCCGGGCGCAACAAGAGUUUCCCAGCUUAUGCCUACCUGGGCUGAAAGCCAGACGGGAUACACUCCCACCGCCUCGACCACACACGCGGCAGCUCCAGCGUUGCUGGUGGCGACAGUCCACCAGGAACGUUUGCUGUUUCCCGAAAGGGACGAACUUGGACUCACUAACGUGCCCCCGAGUUUGUGGAUCAGUGAUGCAGGCCCUCAUAAUGGCCUGCGGCCGUGGGUGUGCUCCUCUUACCUCUCGUCUCACAGCACCAUUCACCUACCUCUUCCUGCCUCUGACCUGGGGCAUCGGCUGACUGGGGACUUUAUAUUACGGGCCCACUGUUAGAAACUACCCAAUAGCCAGCUUGAGUGUCUCCAGUAUGAUAGUCUUACUGCACCGAUGGGCUCACAAUCACAACAGAUUGCAUUGUUCCAGUUUGUAUUUUCUUUUUUCUUUUGAUAUGCCAUUACUUUAUUAUGUGCCUUCCUGUGCUGAGUCAGAGGAGGGCAUUAGUGGUAUUACUAUCCUGUAUAUCUAGCUUUGUGCCCUCAAACACUCUUAAUUUAAGUUAUCCGUGCUUUAGAUCCCACAUUACAGUUAUAAUGGAGGGUAGGGUAAAACCUACAAAUAAGUCUGGGUGUAUUGAGGGUAUAAUGUUUUUGUUUCUGUUCUAGUUUUCAAAACUGUCAUGUACAUCCCAAUCAGUGGUAAUGCUCACAUGAUACUCCUUGGCUCUAACCAGCUUUUUUUUCUGCUCGAUGGAGUACAUGCUAAAAUCUGGCAGGAGCUCUGGGUUAAAACCUUCCUGUUAGCUAAACAUAGUGCAUAAGCUUGUUUUAUUUAUCUAAGACCUAUUCUACUCUAAAUUCCUGUCUCCUCGCUAAACAACAUAUCUCUAGUACACAUUAAAGACACGGAGGCUUUGCCUGACAUGAUACAAAAUGUGCACUAAUCUCUGAUGCUGACCGUCUGAUGUCAUUCUAUGUGUUAUCCUAUAAUUGCACGUGCUGUUGGGGCAUUGCAAGCUCUACUGUUUUAUUUUUAUGCACAACAAAAAUAAAAAAUAAAUACCAGGAUUUUUAUAGCUUUAGGAAGGUUUCACCAAAUGUUUUUGACCCUAGCAAUGCCCUUGCCUAUAACAGAUGCAGACAGCAUGUAAAUGAACUUCAAAAUCAGUGGCAUGUCACCUUUAUUAUCCAUGUGAAACAAUCCAAUUGACUUCAAUAUCACAUAAAGCAACCAUGUAAAAAUCACAUUACGUCCAUAUAGCAACAAACAAAUGUACAGAUGGGCCUGACAAAGAGGCAGUGACAGAGAGGCACGACAGUUAUCACUGCUAUAAUGCAUAAAAGGGAUUGCUCUUUAUGUUUUAGUAAAUCCUGUGUGAUAUGGGACUUGCAUUAAGGUUCCAUAUGGAUGCACUGGCUGAUGGCUGUAUAUACCGCACUGACUUUCAAAACCUUUUGACUUGUGGAUGUCAGACGUGAGAUUUGGGGGAGACAAGGACACUACUGUGAGGUAGGAGUGGGUUUAGUAGGGGUCUUGGGUCACUGGUUAGCCAUACUUACUUAGGGAUUGAAGGUAUAUUUGUAUGACUUCUUUUAUUUAUUGCUUCUUUAUUGUUUUACACAUUAUGGCAUCACAGUCUUUUGUUGGACCUGUAAGUCCGAACUUAUUUCAGCAUAUUAUUUGCUGGACCUGUGUGGCCAGUGAAAUGUACAUUACUUAUUGCCACAGACCUGCAUACCCUCUCUCAAAAUCUACUACGAUAAAACCAUAAUUUACACACAAAAAAUCCCAAUUGAAAGAUGCCAGAGUGCCUAACACUUUCUUUUUAUUUGUAUUGUUGUUUAGAGACAAGUGUGCUGCUAAAAUAACAUGUCUCCUGUAUCAUCGUAGACCUCAAAUAAACCAGGUAAUAAGAGGCAUUCUAAAUAAAACAAACCGUUCUUAUAGCUUUUAUUUUGAAUGAUUAUUCCAGAAUAAGGAUUUAGUAUCUUGUUUCUCUGAUUUUUAUUCCAGGACGACUAUGGCAGCGUUGCAAGAUGUACUUUCUCCAGACAGCACCUUGCAGGCAUCAAACUUUGCUCAUGUAAUCUUUCAAAAUGUGGCGAAGACAUACCUUCCAAACGCAGCAAUUGAAUGUCAUUACACACUGACCCAGUAUAUUCAGCCACACCAAAAGGACUGGGUUGGCAUUUUUAAGGUAGGACACCAUUUCUUAAUUCUCCCUCCUUUUAUAUGAAUGUUGUAUUGAGAAGUCUGUCACAUUUGAUUAAAUGCAAGUGAAAAUGAUAGCAUAGUGGUAGUGGUUUUCUAUGUUUUUAUAUUAUAGUUAUUUUGCAGUGGAAAUACCCACCUCCAUCCUUAACGGAUCACUAUAGGGUCAGGAACACAAACAUGUAUUCCUGACCCUAUAGUGUUAAAACCACCAUUUAGCCCCCCUGGGCCCCUCAUGCCUCCAUAAAUUUAGCAAAAUCCUACUGUAUUCAAGCCUGAAGCUGUAACUCUUCAUUCUGUUUGACUCGGAAAAACAAGCAGUCUGCUGACAUCAUCAGAAGUGGUAGCCUGAUCCAAUCACCGUGCUUCCCCAUAGGAUUGGCUGAGACUGACAAAGAGGCAGAUCAGGGGCAGAGCCAGCAUGAUUCAAACACAGCCCUGGCCAAUCAGCAUCUCCUCAUAGAGAUGAAUUGAAUCAAUUAAUCUCUAUGAGGAAAGUUCAGUGUCUGCAUGCAGAGGGAGGAGAUACUGAAUGUUUGGAUGCAUUUUAGG